AUGGAGACUUCCUUGAUUCACAACCUGUCUACUGCAAACAAAAAUUUACAGAAUCAAAUAUGGGAUCUCAAAGAAGCCGCUGUAGAGCUUGAUGCCGAAAACCAGAAAUUGAUGAAAGAUAACAAAGAGAUAAAAGAAGAGAACAGGAGACUGCAAGCCAGAGCAGACUGUUUCAAGACAUUAGUGGAAGACCUGCAAAGAGAAGUAGACAAUGCCAGGGAGAUGGUGGAAGGAAGAGAAGACAGAAUUAAUACAUUAGAAUUCCAAAAUAAACACCUGGAGAAAAUAAACGAACAACUAAACAUGGAAAUCAUGGAAAUGGCCUGCCAGAUUUCUGCGUAUCAUGAUAUUGACCAGGAAAAAGACACAUGUGGGGUAAGAAACAUAAUAUAUGAAAACAAGCAGUACCUGAAACAUCUAGAGACCAGUCUAGAAAAUGAACAGCAUCUGUAUGAAAAGGAAAAGCUUGAAACACACCAGUUAAGGAAGACAUUGGAAGAACUUGAUAAAACUGGGGAGUCUCAGAAAAAUGACAUCACGCAACUGGACGGGCAGCUGGUAACGUCAACCGAGGAAACAUCAUCAAUGAGGGUGGAGAAUGAGGACAAGUUUCAGUUUUUUGUUCUACAGGUUUAUAUUGGUGAGCUUCCCCAGGAUUUCUUACGUAUCACCCCAACGCAACAGCAGCAGCAGAUACAAUUGGAUGCACAGGCAGCUCAACAGUUACAGUAUGGAGGACCGAUGGGCACAGUAGGUAGACUCAGCAUCACUGUAGUACAGGCAAAACUGGCCAAGAACUAUGGCAUGACUCGCAUGGAUCCAUACUGUCGAAUACGGCUUGGUUAUGCUGUGUAUGAAACUCCUACAGCACACAAUGGAGCCAAAAACCCACGCUGGAACAAAGUUAUCCAGUGCACUGUUCCCCCGGGUGUGGACUCCUUCUAUCUUGAGAUAUUUGAUGAGAGAGCCUUUUCAAUGGACGACCGAAUCGCCUGGACACACGUUACUAUUCCUGAGUCUCUGAAACAAGGAAAGGUGGAGGAUGAGUGGUAUAGCCUGAGCGGAAGGCAGGGUGAUGACAAAGAAGGAAUGAUUAACCUAGUCAUGUCCUAUACGUCUUUACCAGCUGCCAUGAUGAUGCAGCCACAGCCAGUGGUCCUGAUGCCUACAGUAUACCAGCAAGGAGUUGGCUAUGUACCUAUUGCAGGUAUUUGCUCCAUCUGUAACCCAGGCAUGGUACCAGUGGCAGUGCCACCUCCUGCAGUCAACCCUCAGUACCUGUGUAAUGAAGAAGAUCUGAAAGCAAUCCAAGACAUGUUUCCCAAUAUGGACAGGGAAGUAAUUCGUUCAGUGCUAGAAGCCCAGAGGGGGAACAAGGAUGCAGCUAUCAACUCAUUACUUCAGAUUGCAGAAGAGUUAUAGAUCCCAACUCCUGCAUUGUCUCUGCUCUUGAUGCCACCUUUAUUUUGACUUGCCAAGCCCAGGAUUUAGCUAGAAGAAGAAUUUCCUAACAGAUUCCUGUGAGCAUUCUGUCUGAAAGAGAUUGUACCCCUUUUUUGUCGUUGGAUAGUUGCACAUGUUUCGUUUUUUCUUUUACACUGUUUUACAUAUGUUCUGCAGAUGCAUGAGGCUUUUUUGUUCAUACCAGCCUUAUCAUAUGUGGCUAUAUCUUUGUCUGGGGGUGGUAGUGGUGCUGUUUUUUUAUUCCUUCUCCCUGUUUGAAAAUGAGCAUUGUUUGUAUGAUCUCUACACAGUUUAUAGCACAGGAUUUACUGCUCUGUCUGUUAGAUCGGAAAAGUUAGGGAGUUGGGUUUUUUCUUUACAUACUGCUUUUAAUAAAAUGUUUGUUUCAGUAA